CGGUCGCGCUCACGGUCGUAGUCAUCGUAGUAUCCGCCAGCGCUGCGCUCGAGUCGGUAGUACGGCUCAUUCUGCGAGCCACUGUUGGUUUUUCGCCCGCUGGAGUACGUGCUGGGGCCACGAUCGUCGAAGCGCCCGCCCCCAGGAUGGCUAGAGGCAUGCGGUAUGGGGGGUGGAGGGGUCAAUAGCCCGCGACGGCCUUGGGGAUCACCAGGGCGGGUGGCAGCAGGUGCUGAGAUAGGUGGUGGCGGCGGCGGCGAGCGAACGGUCCGUGAAAAGCUGUUACGACGGCCUGUUGUAUCGAUCGUCACACCAGAUGGAACGCUGUCAGCGCUGGUGGGAGGCGAUGUCUGCCCUGGGCCACUGCUGAGCUUUGUAGCAGUAUCACCAGCCAGAGCAAGGUCAGUUUUGCCUAGUGUAGAGGACGCAGGCACUGCGGCUGGCGGACCAACCGACGGACCAACCGACGAAGCAGCCGACGACAAAUCUGCUGGCGUCGGGUCCUUGGGUGCAGCUGCCGCAGUGAUAUUGCUGUCGAUGGAUGCAGUGCCGCUGAGCUUGCGACGCCGGUUAUAUUCCUCUAGCGAUACCUUGACCUUGGUUGGUGGCGGCAGCUCCUUGACAACUGCCACACUGCCACUGUCAUUGCUGGUCUCAGAUUUGACGUCGGCAUCACCAGCAACAGCCCAGCGGCACCAGCGGCACCAGCGGCACCAGCGGCACCAGCGGCACCAGCAGCCGUGGAAGCAGCAGGGGCUGACGAACUCAGUGCCGGUUCCUCCUUGCUGGUAAUGCCCUGCGCAUGAGAAACGCGUCGCCGCUUGUUGUAUUCCUCAAGCGAAAGUCGCUGUUUCUUUGGCGCGGGCACGGUCCAGCGCUGACGUAGCAUCAUCACCCCCGCC